AUGGGGUCCGGGGACCCCCAGAGCCUCCUCCACACCCUCUGCAUCCUCUGGGUGCUGGCCGGGCGCCUGCCCCCCGGCACAGCCCAGUGGUUUUACCCCCUGGGCUCCGAGGACACCACCCCGGAGCCAGGCACCAGCCCCACGGCCCCCACGCUGCCCACCCUGGAUGGGGAGGAAGAUGAAGACGCUGGCGAGGUGGAGCCCACGAGGAAGGUGCUGCUGAGCAAGCCCCCGCUGGCGGCGGGCCCCAGGAGACGGGAACCCCCCUCCAGGGGCGCAGCCAAAGGUCCGGGCCAUGCCCCAUCGCGUGCACGAGCCCAGCACAACCGCCCCACGGCCGCCCCGCAGAUCUUCGAGGGGAGCGCGGAGGAAGAGGAGUUCCUGCAGAUCAAGAGCACAGCGAAGGGGCUGCCCCCGCAGGUGCCCCCGGCCCCCAAAAUGGACACAGCUCUCCAGAUUCACAACGGCUCCAGCUGCGUCUGCCCCGUGCGUCCUGGCCCUCCUGGCCCGAAGGGAGAGAAAGGUGACCGGGGGUCCCCAGGAGACAGAGGCCAGCCGGGGCUUUCUGGGGAGAGAGGGAAGACGGGCAGCCCAGGGCAGCCAGGUCACCAGGGGCCCCGGGGCCCCCCUGGUCCUCCGGGACCACCGGGGCCACCGGGACCACCAGGUGCUUGGGGAGCCAGGAGCCCUCCUGCCUCCGCUGCCCUCCCCAAGGGAUCAGAGAACGAGGGUGAGAAGGGCGAGCACGGGCUGCCAGGCAUGCCGGGGAGCCCCGGCCGGACGGGAGAGAUGGGCUCCCCGGGCAUGCCUGGUCCCAUGGGGCCACCGGGGCCACCGGGGGACUACAGGUGCGAGUCACGCCACGGAGGGCACCAUGGAUCUGCCGGGCCGCCGGGCCCCAAGGGUGAAAAGGGUGACCCAGGAGAGCGGGGGUGCUGCUACGGGGAACACGGGUGCAAACCGGGCCACCUCCCCUUCCACGGCACCGGCAGCCAGUCCAGCUCCUGGGUGCCCAUCAGUGGGUACCAAACGCACAGCAAAGAGGAGACGGAGGUUUAUGGAGCAAUCAUUCCCCACGGUCCUCGAGGUCCCCCUGGGAACCCUGGCCCCCCCGGCCCGCCCGGUCCCCCCGGAGCUCCGGGUCUCCUCUACCUCAACAGGGUGUACCCCAUCCGCACCCAGCUGCCCUGCAAGGAGCCGGCAGCAGCUGACGCAGGCUGGGCAGCAGAUGCUGACGCCUCUCGGACAGAGCCGCCGGAGCCCCGUGCUGACCUCCGGCGCCAGACGUGGGUCUUCAGGUCCAAGGAGCUGAUGCUGAAGUCGGGCAGCGCCGUCCCCGAGGGGAGCCUGGUCUACGUGCGAGAAGGGAGCAGCGCCUUCCUGCGCACCCCCAGGGGCUGGAGCAGGCUCCUGCUGGAGGACUCGGAGUCGCUCUUUGCUGGUGACGACCCCUCUGCCUCCACGCCGCAGUACCAGGAGGCGAAGCGGGUACAGACGCGGGGUCCCAACACAGAGCCCCCCGCGGGAGCCCAGACAGACUCGCUGGUCCUGAAGGAAGAGGGACCGGGGCUGCCCAGGAUCCUGCCAACAACCGUCGCCCCCAGGAUGCCUUCUCUCCGCCUGGUGGCCCUGAACGUGCCCCUCUCCGGGGACAUGAGCGGCAUCCGUGGCGCCGACCUGCAGUGCUACCGGCAGUCGCAGGAGGCUCAGCUCUACGGCACUUUCCGGGCUUUCCUCUCGGCCCCCACGCAGGACCUGGCCUCCAUCGUCAAGAGGACGGACAGGGCCCUCCCCGUGGUCAACCUGAAGGGCCAGCUGCUGGCCAGGUCCUGGAGCUCCCUCUUUGAGGGCUCGGCCGGAGCGGCCCCACGGGGCCCCAUCUACAGCUUCAACGGCCGCAACGUCCUGACCGAUGCCCUCUGGCCUCGCAGGCUGGCAUGGCAUGGAUCCACGGCCCGGGGCAGUCAAGCCCGCAGGCGGGACUGCCAGGGAUGGCGAAGCUCCGGCCCCGGGGAGGGCUUGGCGGCCCCGCUGGGCGAGGGCAAGUUGCUGGCAGGGCAGCGGCACAACUGCUCCGAGGAGCUGGUGGUGCUGUGCGUGGAGGUGGCCUUCCCCUACCGCCACAUGUGGUGACGGCCACGCAGUGGUGGCAUCGAGGCACCGGGGGGCCCGCGGCCCCAGGUAUCCCAUGGGGAGAGAACUACAGCGUCGGGGCUGUGCGAGCACUGGGAGCACUGGGAGGACAUCGUCCCCAUCCCGGGCACUGGGAGCACUGGGAGGACAUCAUCCCCAUCCCGGGCACUGGGAGGACAUCGUCGUCCCCGUCCCGGGCUGUGCUUGGCCCCCAGGCUGUGCCCGGCCACCUCCAUUACCUCGAGUAAUGCUAAUGCUGCGCC